CGUAAGAUCGUCAAGGACGAAUGCGGAGGCGUUCGCGAAAGAGCGUUUAGGAAUAGAUUCCUUCUCUUUCCGCUCGAUGUCACAUUUCGUGGAAUGAUAAAGAGCUUACCACAAAAAAGUUUUAGAUUACGCAAAGUCAUGCCCGCCUGCGGCUUAAUCUUAAUUCGCCGAUUAACGUGAUUUCAGUGAUGAAACACGUUACGUCGCAUCGCACAAUGCAACAAGAAUCGGAGUCCAACAGGACAACAUGGAAUCCGUUCGAUAUAUUUCAAUAUGACACGUGUUGCAAUUACGCGGUGAUCGUGCUGAAUUGUCCCAUAUAUUGGAAGCACGAGAUUAUGCUCCCAUUCUGGCAGAAAGCUCAAAUCACGGUCACCGUCGACGGCGGAACGCACAGAUGGCUGAAGUAUUUGGAGGAGCAUGGGAUAGACAUAUUAAGCGAUGAGCACAGGCAGUACAUACCUAAUCUCAUUACAGGAGAUAUGGAUAGCUGUUCAUCGAGUGUGAUCGAAAAAUUGGAAAAUAUAGGAUCUCUCGUUAUUAAAACACCUGAUCAGAAUCAUACGGAUUAUACUAAAGCCUUGUUGCAAGUUGCGCAGAAUGCCAAGAUGAGAAAUAUAAAUUUAGGUGAAAUAUACGUGCUUGCAGAAACAUCAGGCAGAUUUGACCAUAUCAUUGGCAAUAUUAAUACAUUGUACAAAAGUGACAAGCUUGUGGGAAAUAUACAGGUAAUACAAAUUGCAAGCAAUUCUCUAACAUGGUUAUUAAAACCUGGUUUGCACAAUAUAUGUAUACCAGAGAUCUUAGUACAACAACAAUCCUGGUGUGGUUUGAUACCAUUUGGAUGUCCGGCUAAUUGUAUAUCAACAUCUGGAUUGAAAUGGGAUUUAAAUAAUACAACUAUGAAAUUCGGCGAUUUAGUUAGUACUUCGAAUACAUAUGAUAAUUCUGAAGUGACUGUAAAUACGGAUACAACGGUAAUUUGGACCAUGGGGAUAGAACCUUUCAUGGAGGCUAUAAAUAACGAAGCAAUUACUCCAUCAAUAGAUAACAAGUAAAUAAAUAUUUCAUAUUAUCAAGCAUACGACUGAUUAAGUCAGAAAUGCUCAACAUUACUGCUAUCUAAGGUACUCAAUAAUAUUUUUUAUUCAAAUAACAGUAAAUUAAUUUGCCUGAAAUUGACUUAGAAUAGUGCAAAUUUUAAAUUCGAUUUAGGAAAUUCAAUUUGGAAUCAUUUGCUAACUGAUUGACAGAUAUCUAUCAUGAGAUACUUGAGAUAUAUGUAAUUGUUACAAUAAUAUGUUUUAAUCAUAGGAUGAAUUAUUUUCGUCUACUCUAUAUAAGUUUUGUUUGAAUAGAGUUAUAAUCCCUAUUCUACAUGAGAGAAAUUGUUCAUUCAAAAACAUAAAUUAUAUAUAGUAUUAUCUAAAUGGAAUAUCAUAUUUUUAUUAAUUGCAAAUUUACAGAUAUUUUUUAUAGUCCUUUUACAAUUUACAUUAAAAUAGUAGAAAAAUAUAAGUAAAAUAUAUUUUUAUUUGUUAACAGAUUGUUAAAAGAUAUAUCAAAUUGAUAUAAUUGCGUAAUAAUAUCAGAUACUAUAUUAUCAGGUCACUUGUUUAUUAAAUCUUGAAUGUAUAGGUUGAAUAUAUAUAUAGAUAUGUUAAAACAUCUAAUAAUACUGCUGCAAGAUGCGAAAGUUUAACAAUGAAAUAAAUUUUAUAGUAGUCACUUUUUCAUGUACAUGCAUAUGUACCUAUGCACUUGUAUACAUUCCUAUUAAGGCAUUCUUCCUUAGAUUUUAAUAGAAGAAAUAGUUAAGGAGAAUACAAAAUUUAUAGUUUUAUAAUGCUGACUUCUCUCUCUCUCCUAUUUUGUUUACAAAUGUGAAACCAAAGCUAUGACAAACUUAUAUGACACUUUAAUAGUUAAUAUAAUGUAUUUAAAUCUGAAUUAAACUAAAAUUUAAGA